AUGACGCUAUCACUGUGGGAAGACACGUGUGUCCGCUUAGAGGCUUCAGAGAAGAAACUUUCAAACCCAAUGAGGGAGAUAAAGGUGCAGAAGCUCGUCCUCAAUAUCUCCGUUAGUGAGAGUGGAGAUCAUCUCACCAGAGCCACUAAGCAAGGUACACUUAUUCGUUCCUUUGGGAUUAGAAGAAAUGAGAAGAUUGCAUGCUAUGUCAUUGUCAAAGGUGACAAGGCGAUGCAACUUUUGGAGAGUGGUUUGAAGGUGAAGGAAUAUAUGAACUUCUCAGAAGGAACAUCAGUGAUACUGGUUGCUUUGGCCUUGGCAUUCAGGAGCAUAUUGAUUUGA